UCCCGGUCAGGUAUGCGAGGCUGCGGCCUGCGCUGCUCCAGAAAGGAGAUGGUGACCUUCAGGGACGUGGCUGUGGUCUUCAGCGAGGAGGAGCUGGGGCUGCUGGACUCGGCCCAGAGGAAGCUGUACCGAGACGUGAUGCUGGAGAACUUUAGGAACCUGCUCUCCGUGGCACAUCAGCCCUUCAAACCAGACCUGAUAGCCCAUUUGGAGAGAGAAGAAAAGGUUUUCAUGGUGGAGACAGAAACCCAAAGAUAUGAAUAUCCAGGAAGCAACAUUCAACAGAAGGAACAGAUUCAAGAAGUGAGAUUAAGCUACCUUGCCCCAAAAGAGCCUUCCUCCUGUCAGACCUGGAAGCAAGCUGUGAGUGGGUUAGUCAGGUGUCGAGAUUCCAUGAUAAACUUUCAGGGAAGGAAUUUUCAGUUGCAAAAGCAAGGCGAUCCUCCCUGCGAGAUGUGGGCAGGCAUGCCAAUCCAGAUUUCCGAAGAUGGGAAUUAUAUAGUGACUCCUGUAGUGGAUGAUUCCAGUUAUGUAAAAAAUUGUGAAUUUUCAUGCUUGAGAGCCCAGCACUCUUGGAGGAAAAUAAAUCUGGCUGAGGCCCAUAAUCCUCAGUGUAAGUGUCAACAAAUUUCCAUGAAAAAUAAUUUCUGUAAGUGUGAGAGUAUCUGUUGGAUUUCACAUCACAGUGGUAAUCCAGGAGUACACAGAAAUGUAAAAAAUUGCAGUCGCAGUGACUGUGCAGAAGAUAUCAUGGACGGAUCGUUUCUUACUCAGAACUUGAUCCAGGCAGAGCAGAAGCCCUGCCCAUGUACUGAGUACAGAGCAGACUUCCGACAUGGCUACAGCUCUGAUGCUCAGCAGCAGCUGCACCCAGCAGGAGCACCCUGUGUAUACAGACCGCGUGGGAGGGGCUGUAAUUCCACGUCAGUUCUUCACAGUCAUCGAAGUUUCCAGAGAGAUGAAGAUGAUAUUGGGAGUUUACGGCUACUGUCCCAUCAGAGAGCGUGUACAGAGGAGAAAUCGUGUGUGUGUGGUGAACAUGGCAGGAACAUCAGUCGGCACUCUUCUCUGAGCUCUUCCGAACUCGCCCACACAGGAGAAGUAUCCCCAGGGUGCGAAGUUUGUGAGAAAGCCUUCAGUUGUAGUUUAGACCUCAGUAAUAAUUUUAGGUUACAUACUAGGGAGGAAUCCUGUGAAUAUGAGGAGAAUGGGGGCAUUUUUAAUCAGAAUUCAUGUCUCUGGAGUCAUCAACAUCAGAAUUUCCACACUGAAGAGAAACUGUACACCACUGUGGAGUAUGGAAAGAGUUUAAUUUGUAGUUCAAACCUUAAUGGUCAGUGUAGAAUUCACAGGGAAGAGAAUCCCUGUAAUCCGGAGGAGUGUGGUAAUGACUUCAGCCUGGCCUCACAUUUUCAGGGCUUUCAGAUAGCUCACCCCAGGGAACAGCCAUAUAAACAUUAUGUAUACAGUAGCAGCUUUAUUCAAAAUUCAUAUAUUCAAGACCAUCAGAAGAUUCAUAUUAGAGAAAAACCUUAUAAGGAGUAUGGAAAUGGCUUUGACUGGAGUUUGAAACUUAAAAAUCAUCAGAAAGCCCAUGCUGGACAGAAGCCAUACAAAUGCAACGUGUGUGGCAAAAGCUUUAGUCAUAGAUCGGUUCUUAAUGUUCAUCAGAGAGUCCACACAGGAGAAAAGCCUUAUAAAUGUGAGGAGUGUGAUAAGGGAUUCAGUCGGAGUUCAUACCUUCAAGCCCAUCAGAGAGUCCACUCUGGGGAAAAACCAUACAAAUGUGAGGAAUGUGGGAAGGGCUUCAGUCGGAAUUCCUACCUUCAAGGCCAUCAGCGAGUACACACUGGAGAGAAACCAUAUAAAUGUAAGGAGUGUGGUAAAGGUUUCAGUCGGAGUUCACACCUCCAAGGCCAUCAGAGAGUUCACACUGGAGAAAAACCAUUCAAAUGUGAGGAAUGUGGGAAGGGCUUCAGUUGGAGCUUUAAUCUUCAAAUUCACCAACGGGUUCACACAGGAGAAAAACCUUACAAAUGUGGAGAAUGUGGUAAAGGCUUCAGUAAAGCCUCAACUCUUCUGGCCCAUCAGAGAGUCCACACAGGUGAGAAGCCAUACCAGUGUAAUGAGUGUGGUAAGAGCUUCAGUCAGAGAUCAUACCUGCAAAGUCAUCAGAGUGUCCACUCUGGAGAGAGACCAUACAUAUGUGAGGUAUGUGGGAAGGGCUUCAGUCAGAGAGCAUAUCUGCAAGGGCAUCAGAGAGUCCACACUAGAGUGAAACCAUACAAAUGUGAGCUGUGCGGGAAGGGCUUUAGUCAGAGUUCGCGGCUUGAAGCACAUCAGAGGGUGCACACAGGAGGAAAACCAUACAAAUGUGAGAUGUGUACAAAGGGCUUUAGUGAGAGUUCACGCCUUCAAGCACAUCAGAGGAUUCAUGCAGAAGGGAGACCCUAUAAAUGUGAACAAUGUGGUAAGGGUUUCAGUGGGUACUCAAGUCUUCAGGCCCAUCACAGAGUCCACACUGGGGAGAAACCGUACAAAUGUGAGGUGUGUGGGAAGGGCUUCAGUCAGAGAUCUAAUCUUCAAGCCCAUCAGAGAGUCCACACAGGGGAGAAACCAUAUAAAUGCGAUGCGUGUGGGAAGGGUUUCCGUUGGAGCUCAGGCCUUCUAAUUCACCAAAGAGUCCACAAUGGUGAUAAAUUCUAUAAAAAUGAAGAGUAUAGUAAGGUUUAUUCUUCCUCAGAGAGUCUACAUGGAAAUGAAGUCUUAUCUGCCCAUGCUCUGCCUUUCUCCAGAAGGAAAAGAACAAUGACCAAGUUCCAGGAGGCAGUGACCUUCAGGGACGUGGCUGUGGUCUUCAGUGAGGAGGAGCUGGGGCUGCUGGACUCGGCCCAGAGGAAGCUGUACCGAGACGUGAUGCUGGAGAACUUCAGGAACCUGCUCUCCGUGGGACACCAGUCCUUCAAGCCAGAUAUGAUAUCCCAGUUGGAGAGAGAGGAAAAGCUUUGGGUGAUGGAGACCCAAGCACAAAGAGAAAACAGGAAUCAAGACAAGAUGGAGAUUCUUUGUGAAGUGGGGUUGAGAUGCCUUUCACUGGGAGAGCUUUCACGUUGGCAAAUCAAAAGACAUCUUCUAAACAAAGUAACCCAAAGUCAAGACUCCAUCAUAAAUAUUCAGGGAUUGAGUUCUUGGGUCCCCAAGCAGUAUGGUUCCUCCUGCCGUCUGGGAGCAGAAGAAUCUUGUCAGGCAUCUGUAGAGGACACCUGUCUUCUGACUCUUCUAGAGGAUCAUUCCGAUGUUACUGAAAAUCAAGAAUUUCCAACUGAAAGAGUUCAGAGUCCCUGGAGUAAAAUAUAUCUCAGUGAGACACAGAGCUAUGAGAAAAGUUGUCAGCCAGCUCAGACAAAAAGCAAAUUCUGUAUCUUGGUUCCAUGUGUUGACAUUUUAAGUUGCAUUUCCCACUGCCGUGAUGAUUCUGUAGUGCACAAAAUGGAGGCAGCUGAUGGCAACAGCGCUGGUGGGAGGGAUACCCUAAGGGUGUCCCCACCUGGCAAACAUUGUGCUUACCCGGGACAGAGAAUGUACCAGUGUGGUGAGUGUGAAGCGGCUUUCAGAGACAGCUCUGGUCUUGAACUUCAUCAGCAGGUGCACUUGGGAAAGGCGUCCCCCUUGUGCAGUAGGUCUGAGGAGAACGCCAGUUAUAGUCUUCCUAUCCCACGAAAUGUUCACAUAGGGAAGAAGCGCUACUGGUGUCAUGAAUGUGGCAAAGGUUUCAGUCAGAGCUCUAAUCUGCAAACUCAUCAGAGAGUCCACACAGGGGAGAAGCCCUACACGUGCCCUGAGUGUGGUAAGAGCUUCAAUCAGAGCUCACAUCUGUAUGCUCAUUUGCCUAUUCACACAGGAGAGAAGCCCUACAGGUGUGACAGUUGUGGAAAGGGCUUCAGUCGAAGCACCGACCUUAACAUUCACUGCAGAGUUCACACUGGGGAGAAACCUUAUAAGUGUGAGGUGUGUGGGAAGGGCUUCACUCAGAGAUCCCAUCUUCAGGCUCAUGAAAGAAUCCACACUGGAGAGAAGCCAUACAAAUGCGGUGAUUGUGGCAAACGCUUCAGUUGUAGCUCGAAUCUUCAUACCCAUCAGAGAGUCCACACUGAAGAAAAACCGUACAAGUGUGGUGAGUGUGGGAAGUGCUUCAGUUUGAGCUUUAAUCUUCAUAGCCAUCAACGAGUGCACACGGGAGAAAAACCAUAUAAAUGUGAAGAGUGUGGGAAGGGUUUUAGUUCUGCCUCUAGUUUCCAGAGCCAUCAGAGGGUCCACACAGGAGAGAAACCAUUUCGAUGCAAUGUGUGUGGUAAAGGCUUCAGCCAGAGUUCCUAUUUUCAAGCCCAUCAGAGAGUACACACUGGAGAAAAGCCGUACAAAUGUGAAGUGUGUGGGAAGCGCUUCAAUUGGAGCUUGAAUCUCCACAAUCAUCAGAGAGUCCACACAGGAGAGAAACCCUAUAAGUGUGAGGAGUGUGGUAAGGGUUUCAGUCAGGCCUCAAACCUUCAAGCUCAUCAGAGUGUCCACACUGGGGAAAAACCAUUCAAAUGUGAUGCAUGCCAGAAGAGGUUUAGCCAGGCUUCACACCUUCAAGCCCACCAGAGAGUCCAUACUGGUGAGAAACCCUAUAAAUGUGGUACAUGUGGUAAGGCCUUCAGCCAGAGGUCAAAUCUUCAAGUCCACCAAAUCAUCCACACUGGUGAGAAGCCAUUUAAGUGCGAGGAGUGUGGGAAAGAAUUCAGUUGGAGUGCAGGUCUCAGUGCUCAUCAGAGGGUCACACUGGAGAGAAGCCCUACACGUGUCAGCAGUGUGGGAAGGGCUUCAGUCAGGCUUCACAUUUCCACACACAUCAGAGGGUCCACACUGGAGAGAGGCCUUACAUAUGUGACAUCUGCUGCAAGGGCUUCAGUCAGAGGUCGCAUCUCGUCUACCAUCAGAGGGUCCACACUGGAGGGAACCUGUAGAAUUCGAGCUAUGAAGUAGCCUUUGUCUCCUUUAGAAGGCCCUGGUUGACUAUGGGAUGACUUCAGAAUUCAGAAGCUCCUUAAAUGCUGUGCUUUCAUGACUCAGAGUAAUUCCUGACAAGUGUCAGAUUUAACGUGAAACUUAUUUGUUCUAUAAAUGUGGUCAGUGUUUAUAUCAGAUUUCCAGACUGUCACCAGUCUCAGGAUGUGAUACAAUAGAAGAAACUUAACAUUUGCCAAAAUGUACCAGGAGACUGGCAGGGAAAAGGGAUUGAGGCUGCACUUGACCCAUUACAAGGAAGACUGACUUGCUAUGUGGGAUUACACCAGAACUUGCAGUGGAGAAAUGGUAAGGAAAUCAAUCCACCUUAAAUGUCUCAGCUGUAUAGGAGCAUAUUCUGUCCCAGAAGACCUUCCUGUGAAGAACAUGGAAUCAAAUACGGGACAUUGAACUAAUACUUGAACUUUGAUAUGAAUUUGUUGAAUAAUUUUCUCUGCAGUGAAAGUUAUUAAACAAAAGCUAUUUUCGAAAAAAAAAAAAAAAUACCAGGAGAGGGGCCUUAUAAAUGAAGAUUCUGGGUAGGACUUUAACAAAAAUAUGAUUGACAGCACUGAUGUCAACAGAAGUGUCACUCCCCUAGGGAGGUUCUUCUCAGUGUCUCUGCUGUGCAGAGCUGCGCUCGGCUCACAGUAGGGCCCAGCAGUUUCUGAAGAAAGUGGAGAAAAUCCCUAUAACUAAGAUCAAUAUAUAAAGACGCUAGUCGGUUUCCUACCUUAUACUUACUGAUUUAUAUUUGGAAGGAAUCCUGAAAGUCGCCUUAGUGACAGAUUCAGGAAAUAGGCAUAAAAAGUACUGCCAUCCACAGUAGUAAAAUUUGGACAAAAGACUUGCAAAUGUUUCCCACCUAUCACAGACUCAGUACUUUGUACAGUGUAUCGGUUGUGUAUAGUGUAAUUUUUAGUAUUGUUUGUACUUUAUGAACUGAAAAGCACUUUUUUAUUAACAUUACACUACAUUUUAUAUUAGAAUUUGGAUGCCCUGAUUCAUUAAGGUAUGGUUUUAUUGUAACUGAAAAUGUUAAAAGUGGUUCCUGAUGAGUUUCUUAGUAAACUUAGUUCUUGUUAAUUGGU